UAAAACUGGAACUUCUUUCUCCAUGUCAUUCUGUUGAUUAAGUUGAGCUAGUCUUGUGAGCGUUUAGAAGAGCGAUAGGAAUUGUUUUCUCUUUUGUUUUCGAGAAAUCUUCAACAGUGAUUAUGACAAGGUAUCAUGGAUUCCAGUCGCUGUGAUAAGAAUAUGAUUUAGCGCAAGAAAAAUGGGUUUACAGAGGAUAUUCGCUUCAUUUGUAGUUUUCCUGUUAGGUGUUUCAAGAAUAAAUGUCAUCGAUGCUUCCAACAUAAAUGGAUCCGUUGCUACACAAGCUGGGAAACAAUCAACAGCUGAUGUCAACAGCAUAUUUUCCGAGAUAAAAUUCAACUGUCAGAACAGAGUUUUAGGUUACUAUGCAGAUCCACAUUUCGACUGUGAAGUUUUCCAUUUUUGCCACAAAGAUGGCACACGGGUUACCAUCCCUUGUUUCCAGGGCAGUCAAAAGCACAGGAUUUGUCAUUUAAAGGAGACUACUCCAACAGCAUGUUCGGGUCUACAUUUCGUUCUGCCAGAGGACUUAAUAGGAAAAAAAGAUUCCACGACAGCGGCUGCUAUAAACGAUGCUACAGAUUACAAAAUUUCAAACGUUAUUCCUCAGCCAAACCAAAUGCUCGAUGCGAAGGAAUCUAAUACCACACCCUUAAGUUCCGACAACGAUGACGCUGAUAAUGAAAGAACAGAGGAGCUGGAUAGUAUCUUCGAAGUUUUCAGCGGCAUUUUGAAAGAAAUAGAAGCAGAUCAACCAUUAGUGAAUGAAACACGUAGCAGAAGUCAAUUUAGGUUCAAACCAUCCACGUUUAGUCGUGGUUCUCAUCAACAUUCGUCUGCAGAAAUGAGAGGUUCAGAACUAGAUGGAUUAUAUGGCAAAGAAAAAAACGCGCAUGAAAAUGGAAAGUUUCUAGUAGAGGUACAUAAAAAUGAAGAUGAGAAAAAUGCAGGCACAAAUUACAGUUUAUUUCAAAGGAAAGCAAAAAAAUUAUUUUUAAUCUCUAAAUCAGAUAAAAAGAUUGCGGCUAAAAAUCCACGAAGAAAAAAAAGAAAUGUACAAAAUGCAAACAUUCAUCGACCAUAUGCUAUUAUAUAUGCCAAAGUUCCUGACAUUACUGAAGAAAGCAGAAUAUAUAAUUCCGCGAGCUCACGUCAGGAUAGAUUGGAGGUGCCUUUUGCUCCAGCAAUAGUCCCAGCUGAUGUUCCAGUAGUUCCAGUCACUAUAGAAACACGCCGUAAAAAGAAAUCAAAAUCAAAGAAAUCUAAACGCCCACAGAAAACACUAGAAGCACAUUCUUCCUCAGAUAAUGAAUUUCAGGAUUAUCAGCAGACAUCUGAACAACGAAAUGUUUUAUUUUAUGUUCCUGACCAAGGAGGGAAUGUCAGACAGUUAAGCUUACAGCAACCUGGAAUAGCAGAUCCUAGAUACCCCACUGGAGGUUCUGUAAUACAAACACACAGGCAACCGGCGCAAAGGCCAGCUGAAAGGCCCCAGCAACCACAAGUUCAAAACGGCGUACAAAACAAUAACCAAGCCACUUACCCUCACAGUUUAAGCAAUGUGCAACUACCGAACUUUCCGUUUCAGCCACCAUCUUUUCUAAAUAACCCAGGUCAAUCCUCAUAUUAUUUUGAUCCUCAAGCACUUCUGCAAAAUGAUGGGGUUUCACUUUAUGGAACACAGUUUAGGCAACCUAAUCAUUUACGAGCUCAACCUGAACAAGUUGAACGCGUCAUCCGCCCUCAGUCACAGUCAAGUCAAACAAACAGUGAUUCCCACAGUCAUUUAAAUACGGCUUCUAACAGCCGAUUACAUGGGGGACAGGAGAGUGUUGUUAACCAAGCAAGAGGCAGACCACAAAAUCUUCAAAAUGGGGCUGUCAAUAACCAAGAAAGUGAAAAUCCACGAAAUCCACAAGUACAUGAAAAUCUCCCUGAUUUCCAAAAUGCGUUCUACAAUAACUUCCCAGGAUUUCAAGUGUAUAACGCUCCUUUCGCCCAUCCAAAUAUACUUCACUUAGGGCCAACAUCGCAGGCUGAAGCCCAACAUUCCCUUUAUUCUAAUCAACAACAACCAGCUGCAGGGCUUUACCAGGCUAGUCCUGAUCAAACAUUAAAUCAAGGAAGACUUCAACAGCAAACUCCUGAACAGUUUCUAGCCCAACAAAGACCAGCGCAGCAGAAUCCCCGAAUCCAAAGCAAUAAUCAACCUGAAAUUGGUGGGCAUGGCGUUCCUUACCUCCAACAACAGAAUCAAGUGGCAAAUUUAGGUUCAGUAACUCCACAUCAAGACAGAAACAAACAACCAGAGGAAAAUUCUCGACCGUAUGUUACACCUCCGCUUCCUCCAUCAAGACCAUCAAGAAUCAGAGCAAGGCCAUCUGCUACAAGGGAACAAUCUCCAUCUCCGCAACCAGACAGACAAAAUGGUCGAAACAGAGGAAGGUAUGCAGGAAAGCCUCAGACGUUAAGAAGACCAGCUGAACAUACGAUAACAAAUGAUCACAUUCAAUCGCUGCCACCCCGCAGCAGGGAACCCUAUCGUAUUCAAAUGCCUUCGGAAAAUUUUCCCCCAGAAAAUAAUCCUUUCAUUCCUAUAACAAGAGAAGUACCAAGUGAAAAUGUCUCACCAAAUACUAUUGAAGAUACUAGAUACAGAAAUCGUCCCUACUCUUCUAAUACUGAGGGUUAUGAAAGAGAAAUUAUCUAUAGUCAGAGAGAGCCAGAACGUCCAAGAAUUCGCAACGAAGGUUCGAGACAAACCGAAAGAGAAAGAAAUCCUUCUCAACAUACUCAACAAUAUUCACCUCCUCAUUAUUCCAGAACUACACCCUUGCCUUCAGUAACACAUCCUGAAAGGUAUAUUGUUCGAGGAGAAGGUCAGCGACAAAGAAUUAAACCUGUAAGUGAAAAUAUCGUUCGUAAUGUUGUGGAGGAACGACCGUAUUAUGAUUACAGGACAUCCCUUCCUCCUUCUGAAGACAGAGUGGUGACAAGAAGACGACCAUCAAGACCAAGGCCGUCAACGACAGAAGAAGUUGCCACCAACAGGUUUUAUCCAACAUCAGCACCACCGCUACGAAAUCGACCUUCUGACCCAGAAUCUUAUAGUAACCAGUACAUUCGUCCGCAACAUGAUACAGAACAAAGACAGAGGCCAAGGCAUCGCCAACAAGUUCAAAUUGAGAGGCCACCACCUAACUAUGAUACUGCAGCACCUUAUCAACAAGAUCGACCAAGACAUAGAGAGUAUAACACAUAUCCACAUCAGAAUGAAAAUCUCAAUAUCAUAUCUACAGUUGAAAGUGCGGAUGAACAAUCUUACACCCCUCCUUCCCAUAUUCAUCAUCGUGAGAACAUACCAGACACUAAAUAUCAUCAUGAACAAAACAACCCAGAAGUAAAUAACCGCUAUGUUCUUCCGCAAGACAAAUCUUAUGGUGAUGGCAGUGAGGAAAGAGUAUUACCUCCAGAUAGUGAACAUUAUCACAGUCGGGAACAGGUGCAAAAAAUUCGCAAUGAAGAUUUGCAAGAAUCUCCACCAGAAACAACAACGCAAAGACCCUUACCCAAGAGAAAACCACUGCCACCAAGACCUACUUUUCCACCUUUCCCGACUUUCCCCCCUCCGCCGCGAAGGCCUGUAACUACUCCAAGACCAAGAACUGUGCCCACAGAAUCUGAGAAAGAAGCGAUUGAUCCUUCUGAUCCCAUAACCGAAGAGCAAGAUUCAGUUAGAAAUAUACAGAGAAAUAAUCUCCAAACUGCAUCUGAUGCUGUAACACAGAAUGUCAAAGACAAAGACCAUGUGACCGAGGUAUAUCCACAAACGGAUGGUCCAGAAGUUACAACUCGCCGCAAAACACGUAAACGCAGACCCAGACCUAGACGACCAAGGCCCACAACACCAUAUUCGGAAGAUCAAUCAUUCGCUGAAUCUGUUACAGAAGAGCCAGCUGUAAAGGAAAUAACUACGCGAACAACGUUUCAAAGAAGUAGUAACAGAUGGAAACAGCAACCAACGGAACAACCACGUAGAAGCACUACAAUAUCAUCAACUGAAACUACCGCAAGUGAAUCUCCAGAGCGAACUGAAAAGUAUGGAAGCCGAUUAAACCUAUUUGGCAAGCCACGCACAAGAAAGCCAGCAUUUAAGCCCCGUACGUCAACGAGUACAGCAUCACCAACUCUGCUUAAAGAAGAAUCAAAGAUAGUGCCAAGAACACCAAAUUCCUUAAGAUCGAGAUCAUCGAUUACAAAGAAAAUUCGAAAGACAACUACAACAACUACGACGGAGAGUCCUGAAACAACAGAAACAGUAGUAAGUCGCAGUGAUCAUAAUACAGAUUUCUUAAAUUACGAAAGCACUGAUGUAACUUCAGAUGCCAGUUUCUUAUAUGAAUCAGAAUCUACAACACAAGUAUCAGUGAACGAAGAUACAAGCUCUUUCACAACUGAAGCGUAUAAUGAAAUGGUUGAAACAACUGAAUAUGCAGGUACACAACAAACGGAUUCUACUACUGAAUCGCAAGAAGGUGCAAAAGACAAGACACAAAACUUUGAAAGUAGACGAGGAACUUCCAAAAAGUUUCAGAAUAGACCACGCGUACUUAAAUUUGGUAAACCUAAACUUCGAAUAACAACGCUUCCAACAGACUUGAACGCUGCUGAAAGCAGAAAUAUUUGAGAACGGUGACUUGAAUUUUAUUUAUAACGAAUCAAGAAUAUACCAGCUAGAAUUCUUGUCCAUUAAAUACUGGAAAAACUGAGGUUUGUAUUAUAAACAAAAAUGUUUCAGAUAUGCUCAAGGUCUGGUACCGGCAUCUGAAAUUACAGUGUAUUAUAGAAUUUUUAUGCAUUUGGAAUUUUAUAUUUCAAAUAAUAGCAUUGCGGAUGUUUUAGAUGAACAUAAAACGCAUCAGAGUACAUUGUUUCAGGAAAUCUUUCAAAUGCUGGAAAAUUAAGAAAUAUUUUUCAAACACGAUAGGUCUACAACUUUUACGAAGUAACUGAAUUUCAUGAUAUUUUGAAAGAUUACAGAAUUAUAUAUCAAACAGAAUAGCGAAGAGGGUCUUAGAUCCAUGAUAAGAAGUUAAGAUAAAAGCAUUGUUCUUAGUUAAAAGAAUAAUUUUCUUAUUCUUAAAAGAAAGAGGUAAGGACUGAAAGCUAUAAAAUGAAGAUUUUCGAAUCAAAUUUCAUAUACGACAUAUAUUAAUUACAUUUUCAGGUAAAUUAGGUACUGAAAAGCUGUUUUCGGGUGAAAUAUAUGUAACUACGUUCAUCUGAGGGAGAUCUUUCUAAAUAUAGAAUAUUUUAGAGAGAAAAUGUUGUAAAACACAUUGAUAAAUGUAAAACUGUUUAUCGCCAUUCUUAAAGAAUAUUGAUGAUUCUUUUGAAGAUUUGUCGUGAUGUUUAAAUGAUAAAUUACUUAAUUUACUGUUGUGCAAAGUUGGUUUCGUGCAAUAUGAACGUUGAGAAUCUACGUGCCAAGCCAAAGUGCAUUGAAAUAAUCAGUAGAUCAUCAUUUUCUUGUAAUGACUUCUGAACGGAGAAAUAUUUCAAGUCAUUAGUCAAAACUCUUAUCAUAAAAGACUUAUAAAGUAUGAUAUGAUUACCAGAAUGAUCGUAAAAUUUACUUUUACGUUCAGUUCUUGCAGCAUUUUUUAGAGUUGUGACUAUUUAAUGAAAUAUGUAACAGCAAAGAUGCACAAAAAUUGUAUUUAUGAUAAUGUCCAUACAUUUUUGCAAGUAUUUUUAUGGCAAACAUUGUUUAGUAAUAAAAUAUAUAUGUGUAAAAGAUUAAUAGAUCUUUUUUUAAUUUAUCAUGCUAAAAAGAAAGAAAAUAUUACAGUUAAUAAUUACAUAGUUUGUCUUGACAUACACAUGAUGAUCUAGCAUAUUGUUUUACAUGAUGCCCGUAGUCUUCGAUUAUUGAAGAUAUUCAUAUUUGGUGUAAAGGGAAAUAUUUUACAAUUAAAAUUAAUAAAAUAUAGCGAAAAGUAUACAAACAAAUCCUCUUUAAGGCAUUUCAAUAUUAGUAAAGAAUAAACAUUUAAUAUUAGCAAUUUGUAUAAAGUAUUAUAGGUAAAUAUAAGGAAAUAGAGGUAUAUUAAUUUUCUUCUAAAAUAAGAAGUAAAAUCACAGAUUUUAACCAGAUUUAACCAGAUUUUUCCUUUUACAAAUUGCAUAGUCAGGAUGUGGUCAUUACAUGGUAAAAUCACUUAAAUAACAAUUGCGUUAAAAAAAAGGCUGAGAAAACUUGAAAAAUCUUACCUAUCUUAGACCACUUUUCCUAAGGGAAAAAUAAAAAUAAAAAUCACAAUUAAGAAAAACUCGAAUAUAUAACUGUCAGAAGUAAGCUCAUCAAUAAUUUGAGUAAGUAAUGUAAUUAUUAAUGCUUUGAUUAAUGUAAGUAAUACAUUCAUGUGCUUUUAGAAUAAAAUUUAUUUAAGAAAUUCAUUAUUAAUUUGAUUGUUAAUUGUAAAUUAGACUUUUAAGAACCUCAAGUUAUAUUUAUUUACAGAUAGAGAAUUUGAUGCAUGUAUUAUUCUAUAUUCUCGAAACUGCAGUUCCUGGGUAUCAGCUUCUUACGGCAAUCAAAACCCAAGCAUCCUAACAUGAAUAUUUAAACCCUUAACAAAUCGAGAUAAAAAUUCGUAAAUUGCUUUUUCUUUUACAUGUAAGUAAAACUUCUUUAUUUUUCAUGCUGCCCAAUGCUAAGAUUAAAUGACCACAAAAGAUAAUCCUCCGUUAGUAGCACCCCUUUAAAAAUGAUUUAUGGCCAGCAGCAGCCCUAGCUGCGAAAAGCAGUUUUGAAAAUUUCCGAUGUAGUUGACAAUCGCACGACUGUUAACAUGAGCAGUACGAAUGGAUGAAUGAACAAUGAAUACAUGCGUUAAACAACAUUAAAAUUUAUGAGUAUUGCAGUUAUUUAAUGAAUACGUUUCGAAUAAAGAAAUACACACACUUCCAACAUCUAAAUAUAUGCAAUGCAGCAUUCAAGUAUGACACUGUGCGCUGUAUUCCAUGUGUAUAAAGACUUGCAAAAUUAAAUAAACGUUAGUAUUAAAUAAUUAAAUGGCAGAAUAUGAUACAAAUAAAUAUAUUUUUAUUUACAAUAUUUUAUAUGCAUAUAACAGUGAACAAGUCUUAGCGCCUCUUAGUAACAUAAAUAAAAACAAUGAUUACGAAACAGCUAACUGGACACUUCUCUGAGAGCUCUAAUGGGAAGGUGGCCUCCCACAAAAUAUUAGCAAUGAAGCAUUCAGAAUUUGUGAAAAAAGUUCAAGUAGGAGUUGCACAUGCAAAGUUAUUGAAAUUAUUUACAUAAAAAUAGCAUUAAUAGCGCGUUUUUUCAUUUCAACCUAUGAAAAAAAGUAACCGAUGUGAAAAUUGAUAAAGUUAUAAUCGUUUAAUAAAAUCUCACUUUUCACAAAUUCCGGUUUUAAUUUAUAUUGAUAUUAGAAAUGGAGAUUUAAAAGUCUAGAUAAUCUACAGAUAAUAUUGUACAUAUAUCAGGCUGAUGAACUGCCCAUAACUUAAACGUAUAAACUGUAUGAUUAAAGUGUUUAAUUAAAUCACAGCAGAGGAACUUUGCAUUCUAGUAAAGUAUUGAGGGCUAAUUCUUGAAUGAGAAAAAUUAGAAACAGGAGCGAGCAAUUUUGAACAUCAUAGAUUCAUUCUAGGACAUUAAUCACCGUAGUGUGAAGAACAAAACUGCGCCAUACUAACCAUAGAAUAACAGAAUUAAUAACAGCGCGUUAUUAUUUUGUGUAUUAUAAACGCAAUUAUAUAAGGUCACAUGUAGCUUAAAUAUAAAGAAAUUGAAAAGAUAGAGAAAAUAUUUAGAAAUAAGUUUAACAUUGAUGAGAUUUAUACAUAAAAGGUUAGCAGUAUUUCAAUUCCAUUUACUAAGUAUUAUGGGAAAUAUGUCGCUUUUCGCUUAAUUACUCAAUUGCUUAGUAGUAUUCAUCAAAGAAUAAACUGAGAUUUGAUUGUAGGAAAUGUACGAGUGCGGAAAGGAGGCACGCAAAGUACACAGAGACUCGAAAUCCUCUCGAAAAGUUGAGAGUAGAGCGAGGGAAAAAAAAAAAAAAAAAAAAAAAAAAAAAAGACCGCGCUUGGGAUAUUUUUUCUCAGAAUUCUAAAUUGGGAGGAAGUUUAGCAGACAGGAAGGCCUAGCAAUACCUAAUAUGUCUAUAUGUAUGCUGAAGUGCCGGCCUUGUUUUAACCUAUACUUGAGACAACUGAAUUUAUGAAGCAGUUGUAACUCUUUUUACUGUUUACAGGUAUUCAGGUAAUAUGCAUGAUCAACAAAUAGUUACGCAUUUAAAUUUUAAAACAUGUUUUAAUAUUUUGUCUGAAAGUUUAGAACACAAAAUCAAUAGAUGCUAUUAAAUAUAAGACAAAAGAAUUAAGCGGAUAAAAUGGACGAAAACUUAAUUUUACUAAAGUUGUCGGAAAAGUUGAUAUAAG